UGUCACGGUGCCUGCACAGCACAGCAGGCGCACACGCACACCCCCCGGCGGAGCGGGGCUGCCAAGGGAGCGCCAGCAGCCCCACGUCACUCGUGCCGCCGGUAUAAAUGCGGCCCCGCGAUGUCCAUGGCUGUCGGCGCGGCGGAUCCCGCCACUCCACUGCAGCCGGGUGCCGGGAGAGGCAGCGGGGCGGCGGCGGCGGAGGAAGAGGAGGAGGAGGAGGAUGCUGCGCGCCUUGGUGGCGGUGUCCCUGUGGCUGCGGGUGAGCCCACGGGCGCAGGGCGCGCCGUGUGAGGCUGUGCGCAUCCCUAUGUGCCGCUCCAUGCCCUGGAACAUCACCCGCAUGCCCAACCACCUUCACCACAGCACCCAGGAAAACGCCGUCCUCGCCAUUGAGCAGUACGAGGAGCUGGUGGCCACCGGCUGCAGCCCGGUCCUCUCUUUCUUCCUCUGCGCCAUGUACGCUCCCAUCUGCACGCUGGAGUUCCUGUACGACCCCAUCAAGCCGUGCCGCUCCGUCUGCCAGCGCGCCCGCGACGGCUGCGAGCCCAUCAUGCGCCGCUACAACCACAGCUGGCCCGAGAGCCUCGCCUGCGACGACCUCCCCGUCUAUGACCGCGGUGUCUGCAUCUCCCCCGAGGCCAUCGUCACCGACCUGCCGGAGGAUGUGAAGUGGACGGACUUCACGCAGGGUGUGAUGGUGCACGAGAGACCCCCGGAGCCCGACUGCAAGGGCCGCGGCCAGGAGCGAUGCAGGUGCAAAAAGACAAAGCCUACGCUGUCGACCUACCUGGCCAAGAACUACAGCUACAUCAUCCACGCCAAAGUCAAAAGCGUAGAGAGAGGGAGCUGCAACGAGAUCACAACUGUGGUGGAAGUCAGAGACAUACUGAAGUCUUCGACACCAAUCCCCCUGUCUCAAGUGCCUCUUCUUACAAACUCCUCCUGCCAGUGCCCACCUCUUCAAGCGAAGCAGGACCUUCUCAUCAUGUGCUAUGAAUGGCGCUCGAGGUUGAUGCUUCUUGAUGGAUGCCUAGUUGAAAAAUGGAAAGAUCAGCUGAACAAAAGGUUUAAGAGGUGGGAACAGAGGCUGCAAGAGGAAAAGCUGCGAGUAGCUCGCAGUAAGAACCAGAACGCAGGACGCAGUGGCCGGAGUGGAGCCCCCAAAACGACCAAGAACACCAACCCGCUGGUCAGUGGCCCCAAAAAAGCCAUUAAAGUAAGAAAUGGCCAGAGAGAAAUCAACCCUAAGAAGGUAUGAAUGUGACAGCUGCAAGAGGAAGGACUUUUCCUGCGUGAUGAGAGUCACCACCUGGCUCAGUCAGCAUGAUUUGUUAAUCCAGAACUCACAGCCUUAAACCCCCACCACACUUUCUACAUAGACAUUUUUGCUGCACUUUACUUUUCAAAGGUUUUCUUUUCCUUUCAGGCCACUGCAAGCCAUAGAGGGUAGGCUUGCUCUACUACGUGGUAGGCAUAUUUGAGAUGACUGACCUUUACCUUAGGGCUCUGAUUUGCAGUUCUAGAUAGAUCUAGCCUUGGCUGCCAGAGGUUUUAACUCCUUGUGCCAGUUGCCUGCCCUGCUUCCCUGACAGAGUUUGGAGAUUUGCUUGAGUGAUGAAGGGUUGAGAGCUCAAGUCUUACAAGGAGUGGCUGAGGGAAAUGAGGUUGUUCAGUCCAGAGAAAAGGAGACUCAGGUGAGCCCUUCUCACUCUCGACAACUACCUGAAAGGAGGUUGUAACAAGCUGGGAGUAAAUCUCUUUUCCCAACUAACAAGUUAGGCCAUGAAGAAGAUCAAAGGGCUGGAGCACCUCUUCUGUGAGGGCAGGCUAUGAGAGCCUGGAGAAGAGAAAGCUUUGAGGAGACCUUAUAGUGGCCUUCCAGCAUCUGAAGGAGGUCUAGAGGAAGGCUGGGCAUGGACUACUGACAAGGUCUUGUAAUGACAGGAUGAGGAGCAAUGGGUUUAAACUGACAGAGGGGAGAUUUAAACUGGAUGUUAGGAAGAAGUUCUUUGCAGUGAGGGUGGUGAGACACU